AUGUGGUCCCUUAUUUUCGUCGUGAUCUCCCCUGCUCUGGCCUGGAACACAAACGCCACAGACACACUCUACCCCGAGGAAGUGCCAACCAAGCCUUACUACCAGGGCUACCAACUUCCCGUUGGUAGCAAGCAUGCUACACCUCGAAAUAUCGAGUACGGAGGCUACAACUACUGCUCCAUGCCCCAUCCUCACAUCGACACCUAUGAGCUGCCAGCAGCAAUUCUCAAUGGCUCUGUUCGAGGAAGUAUGGCUGGAUUGACCUAUAUUCAGAGACACCAGAAACGGACAUCCUACCACACCUACCAAGACGAGGACAUCCGGUACGAUUGUUCAGAGCUUGUUCCUUUUUUGUUUGGUGAAAAUCGUGACUCCACAGGGCUCUUGAACGCUGCUAUUCCCGUUCACGAUUAUGUCUACACACCCGACUCCAAUCCAUACGUAAGUUCGGGAUACGUACCCCAUGGAAGCUGCCAGUUCCCCCAAUUGACCAUCGGGGGUCUGGAGGACGGCUUCCAGCAUGGUAGAGAUCUGUGGAAUGUAUAUGGAGAUAAGAUGGGUAUCAUUCCUGCAGUCCCCAGUUUGGACCACAUCUGGCUUCGACGAUCCAAUAAGGAUCUCACAGCCCAGACCGCGGGUGGAGUACUUCGGGGGUUGUGGCCAAACCACAACGAGACGCUGCCCAUCCACCAACAGCGAGCCGAGGUGGACACAAUUGGAUCAAACUACCCUUGCGAAAAGCGAGACAAGCUGAAGAAGGAUCUCAAGAAGACGGACAUCUGGAAGGAGCACGAUGAAUUCAUGGUGCCCGUGUUGGACGAGCUGCACAAGACUGUGUUUGGCGAGUCCGACUACAAGUAUGAGAAAUGGAGUGAUACCUUCCAGUCUCGUCUCUGCAAUGGUUAUCCUCUCCCAUGUGCAAACAGUACCUCUUGUGCUUCUGGGAAUGCUGCAGCCCAGGUCUUCUCUGGUGAGGACUGGGAGUUCUACCAGCAGUACAUUGCAGAUCCCAAUGCUGCCGAGUAUGCUCGUCUGAAGGUUGGCCUUCUUGUCGGUGAGAUUAUUGAUCAGCUCAAGGAGACCGUUUACAACCAUUCGAGUGUGGUAUACAGACACUACUUUGCCCACGAUGGAGAUCUAGCCCCUAUGGCAACUACUCUGGGGCUGCAAACCAUGAAACAGCCUGGAAUGGGCAUUAACAUAGCGGUGGAGUUGUGGAAGGUGGAGGCUGUCGAUGACAACGAGUCAGAACAGAUUCCCCUCCCUCCUAUCACUAAUCAGAACGAACACUAUGUCCGUGUUCUGUGGGCCGGUGCCCCCAUUCGAUCCAAACUUGGAAAUCUUGAGUGGAUCAAAUUUGAUGAGUUUGUCGAUCUGUGGAGUAAGUCGGUGCCCAUCGAUAUUGUAGAGGAGUGCAAGGUCACCAAAUAA